AUGUCCGGUGCCUCACUCUUGGAUUCGAAAGCUGCCUUCAAAAACAAGGUGUUGGAGUAUGGCUUGACCAAUACUGUCUUCGAGGCCAUUGUAAGACGUGGAGUCGACACUCUUAGCAAGGCUGCAUAUGCUGUGGGGGCCCCGGGUGUUGUACCCGCCGAAGAUGCUCUGCGAGCCUUUCUGAAUCCAGAGUCGCCUGCCACUGUUGAGCAGGGUCAGGUUGCAAUUGCUAGGCGCCUAAUCUUCGAAGCACAGACACUUGCAGUAAGCCAGCUGCGUCAGCAGAUCGAGGGGCCGGACGAGAAGCGACAAGACCUUCAGCCCGCCGAAAGGAGGUUCCGACUAGAAGAGCAAGCACGCCGUCUGGCCGGUAUGUCGCUCCGCGGUCCGUUGGAAUGCUCUUUCAGCUGCUACACACUUGUCAUUCGCAUGCUGGCCACUGAUGAAAUUACUUACCUCGCCCCUAAUCGGUUCACCACUCGGGCUCAUGAGGUUCAGCAAUCCAAACCUCCCAAAGAAGUCAUCAUUGAUGCAUCGUCUGCCAUCAAGGUGCGUGAUUCUGCUGAGCUUGCCGACACGUGUCAUCUCCCUGAUGCACUCAGCUUAAGUCAGGCUUUGACUCGAAGGUCUCUCGCGCUUGACUUGUGUGAAGCCGCAACGUUUGCAGCCUCCGAACGGUGGCACGCCGAGCUUCUGAGACAUUUGCAGCAGGCACCUCCCAUGGAGUACAAGCAGGUGGAUACCAUGCAAAUAUUAAGGGCUGACAGAGCGGCAUGGACGUACAUGGCCGAAAAAGGCACUUCCUUGAAAAAGCGUGCAGAUGGGAGCUUGCCCAUGGAUGAUCUCUUUGCAGCCCUCACCACGGCUACCGAUGUCAUGAUGUUCCUCAUGCCGCUGCCCGCGGGUGGCCAGAGCAAGCGCCCUUCUGCUUCACAGGUCAUGGCGACGCCCAAUGGUAGCACCGACCCACCCAACCCGACCAAGAAGAGCCGCACCAAGGCGCGCCGUGAACGCCAAAAGCAGCGUCUGCAGGAAGCCCUGGCACUCGCGUCUGCACCCCCAUCUCAUGCCUUCCCGCCCAAGCCUCCUGCUCCGCAUGCGCACAAUGCUCUGCCGCCUACGCCGCCCCAGCCCAUUCCGAAAGGCAAGGGCAAGGGCAAGCACAAGCAUCCCACCAAAGCACGCGUUGUCGACUCAGCCGAGUCCUUCUUCCAGGCCCUGCAAGAGCGUGUUCGCGGCAGGCCCCUUCAGUCUUUGCUUUUUGUGGAAGUUUUCGCGGGUUCAGCUCGCCUGUCAGGUGCUGUCCAUGCGUGUGGCGUGGGCAGUGUCUUCGGCAUCGAUGCGUGGACACCCAAGUCAGCUCCAGCGCCCGUGGUCAAAUUGGACCUCGCGCUUGAUGAGGAUGUCAGAGUGCUCUUUUUGCUGCUUUCCAAUCGGGCCUUGGCUGCGGUGCAUUUGGCGCCGCCUGCAGCCCUCCCAGGUCGUGGCAGUCCGCCACUUCGCUCACACGCGUUUCCGGACGGCCUGCCCGACCUUUCCCCACCCAAUCAAGCCAAAGUUGAGCUGUACAAUCGUCUCUUUGCAUUGGCAUCAACCCUUUUCCUUCAGGCUUUCCAGACAGGCAUUGUUGCCACUCUGGAAAACCCAGCCUCCAGCCAUUUCUGGCAAAGCAGUGCUUGGCUGGAUGCAUCUUCGUCGAUUGUCACACUGCAGUUUUCGUCUUUUCACACUUGCAUGUUCGGGGCUACCUUCAAACGUCAGCUUUGCAUUGCACACUUCCAUGAUGCCUUUCAGGCCUUGCAACUCCCAUGUGAUCAUACUUCGUUGCACCCGGCGCAUUCUGCGCCGAGGGAGUCGGUCACAACAUACCCUGCUCCCUUCUGUAGAGCGUAUGCGCAGGCUUUGCAGCAUGCUCUUGGCGCGGCUGGCUCUCUGCCACCUGCGCAAGCCUUGCCGGGUCUUUCUGAUAUUCAUCUACAAGCUAGGGCGUUCAGUGCCAGCCGCAUUAUCCUCUCUUGCCUGCUAAAUCACGUGUUCUCUGCGCCCUCCCUUGCGCGGGGAUUGAGGCGUGCGGGCAUUCUUCAGGACGGCCGACCUGUGGAAUACUUUGUUUUGGGCGCCUACAAGUGCUUGCCGAGGAAGGGAGUUACCAAACUCACAGGUGAGCACCUUAGCACAGCUGCCUUCAUAAAUGCCUUUAUGCUGCAACGUUUCCCGGAUGCAUCGUGGUCUGCCUUCGUCGUCACUCACAACGAGUCCUCGGCACUGCACGUGGACUCGGCAAAUGUGCCGGGAACCAUGAACUUUGCGAUCGGCCUGGGAGGUUACUCCGGAGGCGAACUCUUUGUGGAAUCAGAAGGCGGGGCCCAUGCCUUUGAGGACCCGUGCACAGGCGAAUGGCUGUGGGGAGACUGUCUAGCUCUCAACUUGGGACCGUGCCGGUUCGAUGGUCGUGCAAGGCAUGCUACCCUGCCGUGGGUCGGCGACAGGUGGUCGAUCAUUGCUUAUUCGGCGGUUGUGCAAAAUGAUCUCUCCCCAACGCAGGAGCAAACGCUGUGGUCCUGCGGGUUUCCGUUGCCUUGGACGUCUGCCUUUUCGAAAGUGCCGUCUGCUCCUAGCAGUGUCUCUCAGGUUCGCAUGACCAUUGGCAUACCCUGGUACCCAUGCGACUUCGCCAAGGAGGCAGCGAAGAGAGGGCAUCCACGCCACCUCUUUGAUGGAAUUCCGCCUGUGCUCAAAACUGCGAUCGAUGCAACUGUCGAGCAGUCAGAAGUGGGCCUAGCGCAACACCGCACCGAGGUCCUUAGGCGAUGGGUGCUUCGAGCGCAGGAGCUGGCUCCGCAGGAAAGGGCUCUCCAUGAAAGAAUGCCGAAACACCUUAAGGCCGUCCUCAAGGGAAAGCGGCUUUUGGUCUUCGGCGAGAUGCUCGUCGCAUGUGGGUAUGGCGACUCUUCAAUUGCGUCCGAAAUUGGGGAGGGCUUCGACUUGACAGGUCCGAUUCCUGCGUCGGAUGGGCUCUUCAAACCCGUUGUGGAGCCGGCGUCGAUGAUCAAGGAGUGUUUGCGUGCCGCUGCCAGCGCAGUCCGUGCAGGCAUUCUUCGCGCCACCGAACGUGUGUGCUCAUCCGAGCUCGCGCAGGAGGUUCACGACAUUACCAAGGAAGAGGUAGACCGCGGGUGGCUCGAAGGGCCCGUGCCACUUGAGCAACUGAGCGAGACUUGUUCCUUGAGCAGACGGUUCGGAGUUGAGCAGCGGUCCGGUGGGAAGCGCAAAGUCAGGCCCAUCGACAACCUGUCGGAAUCCUUUAUCAACUCGACUGUUUCCCGCACCGAGUCGAUUCAACCUCACGGCUUGGAUGUGGUUUGUGCGGGCAUCGCUUACAGACUUAGGGUCCGUGAGAGGUUCGGCCGUGCCAGCGUGCCAAAACUUAAAAUCAUAGACCUGCAUAAAGCGUAUAAGCAACUCGGCAUUUCCCUUGACGCCAUACAGGAUUCUUUCUUGUGUGUGCCGAACCCGGAGACGGGCAAACCAUCCAUCUACGCCUGCCAUGUGCUGCCCUUCGGAUCAUCUGCUUCAGUCGCGGCAUUUUGCCGCAGCACGAUGGGAUUGUGGCACUUAGGGUGCGCUCUGUUGUUGAUCCACUGGACGGUGUUUUACGACGACUUUAUCGUCCUCAACGAGGCGUCGUCCACGAAACACCUUGACAUGGUUCUCAAUUGCUUUUGGGACUUGCUUGGAUGGACCGUGGCACGGGACAAAGAAUCCGAUUUUGAUUACUUUGCGAGAGCUCUUGGAGUCAAAAUUUGCUUUCAGUCCGAGAGAGUCUUCGUGGUGGAGAACACCCCCGAGCGAAAGGCCGAACUUGACGAGACCAUCACGCGCUUACUCGGUCUCGAGUGGGUGGAGCAACAUGAGCUCACAUCGCUGAGGGGGAGGUUGCAGUUCGUUGAGGGUCAGAUCCAUGGGCGACGAAGCGGCAGGUUCAUGCAGCUUUUGUCGCGGCGCGCAGAUUUCAUUGGGGGGUCCGCCAUGGAUCCCGACUUGCAGGCAGCCCUCACUUUCCUUAAGGAUAGGGUUGUAGGUGCUCCCCCUAGGGUAAUAUCCGCGAGACGUGAGAACGCUUGGUUCAUCUUCACUGAUGCGGCCUACGGUGAUGGCCAAACGAACAGUUGUGGGUUAGGAGGGGUACUGGUUGCACCUGAUGGGAAGCCCAUUAGGUUCUUCAGUUGCUUGUUUAACGACGAUGCACUUGAGGGCCUCAGGUUUGGCGAUGUUCAGAGCCCCAUCUACUUUCUUGAAGGCUUGGCAGUAGUGGUCGCGCUGCACGUGUGGAACAGCCUUGUGCAAGGCUCUGAGGCCGUUUGCUUCGUCGAUAAUGAAGCAGCCAAGUCUGCGUUCAUUGCUGGCAAAUCUCCUUGCGUGCACUUCUCAGCCCUGUCGGAAUGGUUGAGUGAUUGGGAGGAACGUGCCUCCUCGUUCCCAUGGUUCGCAAGGGUGAGCAGUGCUGCGAACAUUGCUGAUGGCCCCUCGCGUGAUGAUUGUAGUCACUUGGCGGGUGUUCGCCGCGACGAGAUUGAUUUGCAGUCCAUCAGUCUCGCUUUGCAGUGCUUCUUGCCAGAGCUCUCAGUCGGCGGUGGGUGA